AUGAAGUUUUCACAUUCUUUAAAGUUUAAUUCUGUUCCUGGUUGGAAUGAUAAUUACUUAAAAUAUCCAAGUUUGAAAAAAUCUAUAUACAAAUUACAAGAAGAUCAAUUAACUAACAAUGGUAAUCAAAAUCAGGGUUUUAUUGUUGGGAGUGAUAAAACUACAAUAACAGAAUUACUUGAAAGCUUGAAAAAUCAAAAUGGCUUCGGUGAUGAUACUAUAGAAAGUUCAAGUUCAAGUAAUGAUAAUUUUGGUAAUAAUGUCAAAAAUAGAAUUACUAAAAACCUUAAUAUAUUUCAGAGAUUCAAUAGCAAAAACAAUGUUUUCAGUGAUAGUAAUAAUAGUAGUGAAAUUGAAUUACAUCAUAUAGAUCUUGAAAAAAAUGAAAAAACUGACUCAAAAUCUGGAGAAGAUUCAGUAACCACGAUAGUUUCAUCACAAAAGAAUUCCGAUCAAUAUAUCAUAAACCAUAUAGUACAUAUGGAUAAUGACGAAUUUGAAGAAACUUUUGCAAAUCCAAAAUCUUUAAAAUUUAAUCCACUAUACGUUUUUACAAGAUUAUUAUUAAUUGAAUUAGUUAAAAUAAAUGAAUUUUACCAAUUAAAAGAACGUGAAAUUUUCAUUCAAUAUCACAACUUACUUCAAGAUUUGAAAAAUAAUCAAAUAGAUAUUGUACAUUCAUAUACUAUAGAUCCAACUUUAAUUCAAGAACCACAAAAUCAAAGAAGAAGGUUAAGUAGUAAUUUUGAUAUUGAAUUUCAUGAUUUGGAGAAAAAUGCAAGUACCUUAGCAGUUCAAGAAGAUACUGAUGAUGAAGAUGAUGAAGAUUUUCACAGUGAUCACUCAGAUGUUUUAUUGGAUGCUUCACAUUUUAAUGUAAAACAUCAAUUUAAAGUCGCAGUCAAGAAAAGAUCAAUUUCAUUAUUCAUAAAUUUAUGUGAAUUAAAAUCAUACAUUGAAUUAAAUAGACAAGGAUUUACUAAAAUUUGUAAAAAGUUUGACAAAAUUUGUGGAUAUCAAAUAAAAGAGGAUUUUGUUAAUCAUUUUUUACCAUUACAUUCAAGAGUAUUUGAAAAUUCAACAAUAGUAAAUUUAAAUAACAAAGUAGAUGAAGUCAUUAAAAUCUAUGCUUUAUUCAGUAAUCAAUUAAAUUCAAGUCCAAAAGAUUUAGAAAAUGUCAAACAAGAAUUAAGAUCUCAUUUACGUGAUCAUAUAGUAUUUGAAAGAAAUACAGUAUGGAAAGAUUUAUUGUCUUUAGAGAAGAAUUCAUACAAUUUGAACCUUGAUAAUGGUAACACUAUCAACAAGAAAAUGGGAGAUGAAGGUGAUGUAAUUGAUUCAAUGAUGCAUUUAAAAAUGAAAGAAAUUCAAUUACCCCAAAAAUUAGGUGGUAAAACUUUUAAAGUUCCGGAAUUUUUAAUCACAAAACAAGUUAUGAAAAUAUUGUUAACAGUUAUUGUUUUUGCAAUUUUAAUUUCAGUUAAAACAUUUAAUGAUCCAGUUCAAGGUAGAGCCCUAGCGGUAUUAGUAGCUUGUGCUAUGUUAUGGGCAAGUGAAGCAUUACCAUUAUAUGCCACUGGUUUAUUUGUUCCUUUGUUGGUUGUUACAUGUAGAAUUUGUAAAAUUGAAGGUACACAAGAACCAAUGUCAGCACCAGAUGCAUCAAAAUAUAUCCUAAGUACAAUGUGGAAUAGUACAAUUAUGGUUUUAAUGGGAGGUUUUACAAUAUCUGCAGCAUUAUCAAAAUAUAAUUUAGCUAAAAUUUUAAGUUCAUAUAUCUUGGCCCUUGCUGGUACUUCUUUUAAAAAGACAUUAUUUGCAAUUAUGUGUGUAAGUUGGUUUUUAUCAAUGUGGAUAAGUAAUACAGCAAGUCCAAUUAUAUGUUUUUCAUUAAUUAGUCCAGUCAUGAAAUCUUUAACUAAUAAUUUACAUGCAUCUCAAGCAUUAGCUUUAGGGAUAGCAUUUGCUGCUAAUAUUGGUGGUGCAUCAACUCCAAUUUCAAGUCCUCAAAAUAUUAUUGCUUUUCAAAAUAUGAAAAUUGCAAGUUGGGGUUCAUUCCUAGGUGUUUCAUUGCCAACUACAAUUAUAUCAUUAAUUCUAACUUAUGGAUUAUUAUUAUUAACUUUUCAAACUAAGAAUAUUAAAUUACCAAAAGUUCAACCAAUAAAGGAGAAAUUAACAUCAAAACAAAUUUUUAUUUGUAUCGUUUCAUUAGCUACAAUUUUAUUAUGGUGUGUGAUGUCACAAAUUGAGGAUACUUUUGGUGAAGCUGGUAUUAUAAGUAUUAUAUCAAUGGUUUUAUUUUUUGGUACUGGAAUUUUAAAUACUUCAGAUAUAAAUCAAUAUCCUUAUAAUAUUGUAUUUUUAGCAUGUGGUGGUAUUGCAUUAGGUAAAGGUUUAAUAUCUUCGGAAUUAUUAGUCACGAUAGCAAAAGCAUUACAAAGACGUAUUGAAGAUUUCAAUGUAUUUGCAAUAAAUGUUAUAUUUGGAGUUAUAUCAGUUGUUAUUGCAAGUUUUAUAUCUCAUACAGUUGCUGCAUUAAUUUUAAUUCCAUUAGUAAAAGAAGUUGGUCAAUCAUUAAGUAAAGAUCAUUCAAGUAUGCUUAUAUUUGGAACUGCUAUGUCUGCAUCUUUUGCUAUGUCUUUGCCUUCUAGUGGAUUUCCAAAUAAUACUGCUAUAUCAAUGGUUGAUAGUUUAGGUAAUCGAUAUUUAACUGUGGGAACAUUUAUUAAAAGGGGUUUUUUAGCUACUGUUAUAUGUUUCAUAAUUUCAAUCACUGUUGGUUAUGGAAUUAUGUCACUGUUUGGGUUUUAA